AUGAGGUCUUUGGCCCUCGGCUUCUUCUGCCUGUUGUGCUGUGAUGCAGUGCGACUGGACAGACGUCGUCCCAAACCCAUCACAGCCAGAGCGCUAAAUGAGACAACCGUCCAAACCAAAGCCAUGGAGAACCAUUGUAAAGCCAUACCACUGGAUUUCGUCUUCGUAAUCGAUAGCUCCAGAAGCAUCCGUCCCAACGACUACGAGAAGGUCAAGACUUUUAUCAUCAACCUGCUUCAGUUCUUCGAGGUCGGCAGUGAUGCAACACAAAUCGGUCUGCUCCAGUAUGGCAGCGUGGUCCAGCCUGAGUUCUCCCUCAACACCUACACCACCAAGACUGAGGUGGAGCAGGCGGUGAGGAACAUGAAGCACCUCGCCUCAGGAACCAUGACUGGUCUGGCCAUCCAAUAUACCAUGGAGACAGCCUUCACUGAGGAACAGGGAGCCCGGCCAAAGAGCCUGCACAUCCCACGUAUUGCCAUGAUUGUGACUGAUGGGAGACCUCAGGACACGGUGGAGGAGAUAGCAGCUGAGGCGAGAGAGGCUGGCAUCCAGAUCUUUGCUAUUGGAGUGGGCAGGGUGGACAUGAACACCCUGAAGACCAUUGGGAGCGAGCCACACUCUGAGCAUGUGCACCUGGUGGCCAACUUCAGCCAGAUAGAAACCCUGAUCUCAGUAUUCCAGUCCAAACUGUGUGGAGAGAUGUGUGAUGUGGUGGACCAUCAGUGUCAGCAUAUCUGUGUGAGCAGCCCUGCCUCAUACAGGUGCAAGUGCAGGAAAGGCUUCACCCUCAACCCUGACGGCAAGACGUGUAAAGAAAUAGACUACUGUGACCUGGGGAACCAUGGCUGUGAACACAACUGUGUCAGCGUUCCAGAGUCCUACAUAUGCACGUGUAACAAAGGCUACGUCCUCAAUCUGGAUGGAAAAACCUGCAGCAAGAUUGAUCACUGUGCUGAUGGCAGACACGGCUGUGAACAGGAGUUCAUGAACACAGCAGACUCCUGUGUAUGCAAAUGUAGAGAAGGCUACACACUCAGACCAGAUGGGAAAACAUGCAAGAAGAUUGAUCACUGUGCUGAUGGCACCCAUGGGUGUGAACAGGAGUUUAUGAACACAGAGGACAGCUGUUUGUGUAAAUGCAGAAAAGGCUACACACUCAGACCUGAUGGGAAAACAUGCAAGAAGAUUGAUCACUGUGCGGAUGGCACCCAUGGGUGUGAACAGGAGUUUAUGAACACAGAGGACAGCUGUGUGUGUAAAUGCAGAAAAGGCUACACACUCAGACCUGAUGGGAAAACAUGCAAGAAUAUGGAUCAUUGUGCUGACGGGAAACAUGGCUGUGAGCAGGAGUUCAUGAGCACAGAAGAUUCAUGUGUGUGCAAAUGCAGAGCAGGAUUCACGCUGCAGCCUGAUGGGAAAACAUGUCAGAAGAAAGACUGCAGCGAUAGCAUCAUGGAUCUAGUUUUUGUGAUCGAUGGAUCCAAGAGUCUGGGUCCAGCCAACUUUGAGCUUGUCAAACAGUUUGUAAAUGGCAUCGUGGACUCACUGAACAUUUCCAGGAUGGGAACACACGUGGGCCUUCUUCAGUACUCCACCAAGGUGCGCACAGAGUUUACUCUGAACCAGUACAGCACUGCACGGGACAUCAAGCAGGCAGUGACCCGGAUGCAGUACAUGGGGAGAGGCUCCAUGACCGGCUCAGCUCUACGGCACAUGCACGAGUUCAGCUUUUCAGCCAAAGAAGGUGCCAGACCGAACACCCCGCGAGUCAGCAUCGUGUUCACGGAUGGAAGAUCACAGGAUGACGUUUCUGAAUGGGCCACCAAAGCAAAGAACUCUGGGGUCACAAUAUACACCUUGGGUGUUGGCAAAGCUAUUGAACAGGAGCUGAGAGAAAUUGCAUCAGAGCCUGAUGAGAAGCAUCUGUAUUAUGCUGAGGAUUUUGAGAAAAUGGGAGAAAUUACAAAGAAACUCAAGUCCAGGAUAUGUACAGACAAACCAUCUGAUGACAGCAUGUGCCAGUGUGAGAACGUGAUAAUGUUUCAGAGCCAAGUCACUGAGAAGCUGAAGAACCUGCUACAGAAUAUUGAAGCCAUGUCAAAGAGACUGGAGACUCUUGAGAAUCAACUUGUGCAUAAAUAAAAGGCUGAAACCUGCCCGUCCCUCCUAUAACCUGCAGCGUAGCAUUCACGGGAUCCUGCUCAACAAUAUGCAAAUAAAAUGCCUUCUACUGAACAUAUUUAUACACUUUUCUAGCAACACAAUGCAUUUUUGUUUUAAAUAUUCUUUAAUACCAAAUCACAUAAAUAUCUCUUUGUACAGCAGACUGACAAUUAAACAUUUAAACCUCA